CCGGAGAAGAGGCGGAGCUGGCCCGCUUUUCCGGCAACAAAGAGCCUCCACCAGCCGCCCCGGGAUAAAUACCAGCCGAGGCAGCGAAGCCCAGGAAGGAGAAGAAGAAGAAGGAGAAGAAGAAGGAGAAGGAGAAAAGCCCGUCCAGUCUUUGCAUCCUUGCGCGCCAAGAGUGGGGAGUGGGACUCGCCUUCCCCGCCCUUGGAGACACAGAAGAGGAAAAAAAAAACCCCGAUUAGACUUUAUUGUUAACACUAAAGGUGUUUGUCCCUCGGAGAGUUGCUUCUUCCCUCCCCGUUUUUGGCGACGAUGCCAUUUCUCGGGCAGGACUGGCGCUCCCCGGGGCAGAACUGGGUGAAGACAGCAGACGGAUGGACCCGCUGCCUGGGCGAGAAGGACAACGCCAACUACAGUUACUGCCGAAAAGAAGACUACAACAAGGAGAACCUUUUCAACAGCCUCAACUGUGACAUUGCUGCAAAGAAGAGAAAGAAGGACCAGCUGAACAACAAAACAAAGAUUCAGUACUUUCAUCAAGAAAAGUGGAUUUAUGUGCACAAGGGAAGCACAAAAGAACGCCAUGGCUACUGCACUCUGGGAGAAGCUUUCAAUAGACUGGAUUUCUCAAAUGCCAUUCUGGACUCCAGGCGGUUCAAUUAUGUCGUACGGCUGUUGGAGCUGAUAGCAAAGUCCCAGCUAACAUCCCUGAGUGGAAUCGCCCAGAAAAACUAUAUGAAUAUCUUGGAAAAAGUAGUACAAAAAGUUCUGGAGGAUCAGCAGAACAUCAGGCUAAUAAGAGAGCUGCUGCAGACUCUUUAUAUGUCACUUUGCACCUUGGUCCAAAGCGUUGGCAAGUCUGUUCUGGUGGGGAAUAUCAACAUGUGGGUCCAUAGGAUGGAGACAAUUCUGCACUGGCAGCAGCAGUUGAACAAUAUCCAAAUCACUCGGCCUGCCUUGAAAGGCUUGACUUUCACAGACCUGCCUUUAUGUUUACAAUUAAAUAUCAUGCAACGGCUGACUGAUGGACGAGACCUCGUGAGCCUUGGACAGGUAGCUCCCAGCCUUCAAGUGCUCAGCGAAGACAGGCUACUAUGGAAAAGACUUUGUCAUUACCACUUCACAGACAGACAGAUACGCAAACGACUAAUUUUGUCAGAUAAAGGGCAUUUGGAUUGGAAGAAGAUGUACUUCAAGCUUGUGAGAUGCUAUCCAAGGAAAGAGCAGUAUGGAGACACCUUGCAACUGUGCAGACAUUGCCAUAUUCUGUCUUGGAAGGGCACCGAUCAUCCAUGUACAGCUAACAAUCCAGAGAGCUGCUCGACUUCUCUUUCACCCCAGGACUUCAUCAACUUGUUUAGAUUCUGAACUCCUGAACUAUUUCAACUCUACAACUCACUAUUCUGAUGAAACCUUUUAUACUGCCGAGGCCGAGCGAAACCUGUUCGACCUGUAUAUAGCUUGUAAAUAUUGCUGUUUGCUUCAAGAGGACAAGAGGAUUUUAGGAGGCGAAGGGAGUCAUCAUUCAGUAACAAUGAACUCUUUAAGAUCUUGGCUUUCUAAUCGGACUGUUCAAUGUGAAAGGGAGUCCUUUGUAAACACAAUGCUUUGUGAAAAUUUUAGCACAAUUGUAGAGAGGGAUAAUCCCAGAACUGCUUAAGAACUUCAAAUGAAAUUUGUUUUGUGUCCGUUUGAAAUGUCUCUUUGGCUUCAAAGCCUGGGGAAUUAUGAUUAGACAAAAAUUGUCAGACUAUUCCCUGUUCUAGGUUUUGUUUACAAGAGAUAUUUUAUACCUAAGAGAGUUUCUUUUAGAAAUACUUAGGAGAUAUCCUUUUAUCCCUUUUUUAAAAAAUGUACAUACCACACCGUUUUCUACCUCUGAAGUGCUUUCCAACCAACCCAAGAUACAAUGUGAAGUGUUUGUACAGAGAUUCGAAAAGACAGUGUUGAUGGUGAUAGCAUAUUCCUUUGUGUUAUUAAGAUGUGUUUUAAUCUACUUCCUUUGGGGCAAUAUUUGAACAACUGAGUUCUAGGAAAGACAGAAAGACUGUCCAAUUGUUGGGUUUUUUUAUGGCUGGUGAGAACAUUAAAUGUAUAGCAAAAUUGUUGACUGAAAUUUAGCUUGCUAGGCCAAACACAUCAUCCAUAUACACCUUCUAGGUAUAGCCCAAUGCUUUUUUGAUGUGGCUGCAGUUUUGCACAACUGUUUUCAAUAACAGAUUGACUAUAUAUACUGCGGUCAGAGUUGUCGGUGCUUUGAUUUUCAAAGAGAAGCAAUAAUGAAUUCUGGAAGGCAAGGUCCUAUUAAAAAAACAACUUGCACAAAUGCCUACAGGUUGAGCAUCCCUUGCUUGGAAAGCCAAAAUACUCCAAAAUCUGAAAUUGUAUCCAUGGAAAGCUGUGAUAGUUGACCCUUUUGCUUUCUCAACUUUGUUUCAUGCAUAACAUUAUUUGAACAUCUUUUCUAAAAUUAGGCUGUAAAGUGUAUAGAUUUCCUAUCUCCAAGCCCUAUGUACAUAUAUGCAAAUACAUGUAUUCCAAAAUUUAAAAAUCCAAAACACUUCUGGUCCCAAGCAUUUCAGUCAAGGCGUACUCAACCUAUGUUAGAUGCACAACUCUAGACCAGAGUUUCUCAAACUGUGCUCCUCCAGAUGUUUUGGACUUCAGAUCCCAUAAUUCCUAACAGCUGAUAAACUGGCUGAGAUUUCUGGGAGCUGAAGUCCAAAACACCUGAAAGAGCAGAGUUUGAGAAACAUUGCUCUAGACUUUGAAUAGGUAAGAUCCAUCGCUGGAAGACACUUAUUUGUUAGCACCGGUGACUUGUUCUCUGAGUAAUUUUGCAAUUCUGGUAUUCCAUGCAUGUAAAAUACAUGCGCUGUUGUAAGUUAAGAACCAUUUCCAGUUGACUGCAGAUUGCAGAAUCAGGUUAUCUAUUGUCAGUGAAGUGAAUAAGACAACAACAUGCAGGGAACAAGGAAGCACAUCCAUUGAUAUUUGCGGAGAAGUGAAACUUACUCAAGUUGUUAUCAAUCUGAAAGAGAUUUUGUUUGAUUUUGUAGGAAGACUUUUCUCCCUGGGAUUGUUUAUAUGUUUUAAUGAGGAAUGAAUGAGGGAUUCACUUCAAAGCUCUUUGUCAAUACAAAUAUUACAUGAUGUGAUUUCUGUGGAAUUAAUUCAAAUUUAUAUUUGACUCUUGAGAUUUCUAGGCCCCAAUAGCCUUUGGAUUUGCCAGGUUGCCCAAGUAAAACACCAAUGUUCCCUGUUUAUGUCUAAAUAUAUGAAAAGUAUCAAAAUUGGUUAUUCUAAAAUCUGAAUGUUCUCCAUGAGGAAGAAAUUCCCAUUUGGACUGCAUAAUAUGAUAAAGUAGUAUUCAGAAGCUUUCUAAUGGUUUGAAAGGCAAAAUCUGGAAAGUUUGCCCGAUCAACCGUUUGUUAGAAAUGCUUGUUUUCUUUCCAUUUGUUAUUGGGUCAGUUAAAAAUGUAAUAAAUAUGAAAAAAGUAGAGGAAUAUUCGGAAUAUAGAGAAAAAUUAAUGAAAUGAAUUAGUUUUCCUUAAUCGGUUUAAGAUUUUCAUGUUGCUUCAAUAUAUUGCAGUCAGAGUUGUUUUACAUCAUUUUGGGAAUGUGUGGUAUUUUUACCACGCUCAUUUCUUGCAUGAGUAGAUCAAAACUGAUUGAUGGUAGCAGUUUGCUGUGAACCAAAAAACCAGAAACUGGAAAAGCGACUUCUUGGACUAAAUAUUCUGUCUGGCUGUGAGAUUUUAGAAUCAUAGAAUUGGAAGAGACCACACAUUUUGACAGCUGCAAUCCAAUAUAACUUUUUACAAAUUUUGAUAAAUGCAAUAGAGUCCUGGCCAUCUUACUACAUUCCAAAAUCAUUUUGGUUCCAAAAUCACUUGUGGAAGUAGUUUAAAAAUAGUAAUAAUAAUUACAAGGGAAAAGCUAAAACCUGUCAAAUACAAAGGAUAUUUACUUUCUGAUCUUGGUUAUGCAUUGGUUCUGUAAUAUGUAGCCUAGAGGAUUUUAAUUAGCGAUAGUAACCUUUGUUUGAAUAAGCCGAUAUAUGGUUUUUCUUUCGUUAUUUUUCGGGCAUGUCUGUUGAAAUUGGCUAAUCCUCAAAACUUCACAUCUCAUCCUGUCUGUACUAUAGGCAGAGCAAAAGUAUGGCUCAGAUAGGCUGAAUUAUCUGAAUAAUAAACCAAAGAGCAAGGAAGUUCCUUCUUGUAUUAUAUCCUUGCUUUGGAGCACCUUAACCAAUAUGUCCAGCUAUUGACCCACAACUGGAGAAAUUUGCUGUAUGAGCAUGCCCUCCAAAACAAGACUGAAGGCUGUUUAAAAUGUUGUUGUGGUAGCCAAGGAAGUUGAGAUGGUACAGAGAUUGUUGACCUAAUGGAGUAUGGAAGUAGAAGCUGCUGCACAGAUGUUGAGGUGGUUGAUGUGGUUGAUGUCUUAGCAGGGAAAUUAAAUUCAGUUGGCUCAUUCUUGUGGUGCACAUGUAAUCAACUUAGGGUGCAUCUACACUGUAGAAUUAAUCCAGUUUGACACUACUUUAACUACCGUGGCUCAAUGCUGUGGAAUCAUAGGAAUUGUAGUUUUGUGAGGUACCUGCCCUCUUUGGCAGAGAAGGGUACAGACGUUUUAAAAGUAGCUUCAAACUGCAUUAGUUCUACAGUGUUAUGCAUCCUAGGAAAUGGGAGUCAACUGCAUGUACAAUUGUAUGCUUGAAUUUUGUACGCUGGUGCAAAAAUGAACAACUUGUGGCUUCAUAAAUUUUCUUGAAAUUGCAAGUCCCAUCAGACUUGGACUGCACAGUCAAUGAUAAAAAGGCUGAUGGGAGUUGUAGUCCAACUACAACUGGAAGGCCACAAAUAGAUCACCUUUGUGUUAGGUAAAUAAUGCAUUCAACAGCCAGGGGAUGGCUCUUUUGCAAGUGAUAUGGAAAAUGGCACACAUACGUAUUGUAUUAGAUUUCAGUGAGCCCCCUUUUUGCAAAAAUCUAGAAAAGUGCUUCUUUUUGCUGUUUUUGACAUUUGCUUCUUAAAAACAUAAGAGAGGGGUGAAAACAAUGCAAUUCCAUUGUUCAAAUAAGUGGAUCGCAGUGGCUGGAAGAAAGUUUUUGCUUGGAUGUUUCUGGUUGCUAUUGCGAAUUGGUAGCCGGCCUGGGAAUAUUUUGAAGUUGUAGGAAAACAUUGAUAGCACAUAUUACAAGUGACAGCAUUUCACUGGAGCGUGUUCAUAUGGGGAACUGUGAUUGCUGCUGUUAUUGUUGGUUUCAACUCUGUCAAAUGCCCCUUAUUUUGCCACAUAGGAAUUUUGCAGGAUUGUGGUUUUUCUUUAGCAUUGUAACAACACUCUUUCCACAAUGGGUUUGAAGAGACAGAAAGCAAGGGCUUUCAUAUAUAUAUAUGACUUCUGAAAGUGAUAGGUAAAAUAUCUGAUCACAUCAGCACUCCUGAAAUGCUGGUUUUCAGUCAUUCCUUAGAGAAACCUGAAAAAUGUAGUUUUGUGAGGGGCACAAUCUGAAGUUUUCUGAAAACAACCAAUUGUCAAAAUGGCUGGGAAUGAUGAGAGUUGUAGUCCAAUGUGUGUGGAACUUGUCGGGUUGGUAAAGGCUGUCAUAAAAUAAAGUUCUCUGUGCCCUUUCUAAACUACAUAUUUCAGUAUUAAUUUUAAAAGAAACUUGUGUAUAAAAGUGCUGUAAAAAGGACGCUUUUGUUUUAGGAAUUGUGCUUCGCCUACUUGGUUUAAAAGAGUAGAGAAGGAGAUUGUAUAUAAGGGGAAAUGCCAUUUCUCAAAUAGACCACAUGUAUGAAUGAGAAAGAUUGUUCACAUGUGUGUCAUGCAAUGUUUAUUCACAUUAUCAGACAAAAUAUAUAUAUGUAUAUGUAUAUUCACACAAUCUCUUACUCUUCUGCCUCUUUGCAUCAAACCAAUUCUUGACAAAUGAACUGAAUAUCCCUA